GUAACCUUUCACAGUUCACCCGCCGACGCUCGCGGUCAGUCAAUAGUGAAUAGAAUCGAUCUAGAAUUUCUGAUGAAGUAGUUAAAUAAGUUAAUUAUAAGUUAAUUAUUUCGAAACAUUAGUUUAUCCUUUUGGGAUGGAAGACGACGAUCACAUGGAAGACGGGGAGCUGAAGAAAUCUCCGGUACUCCACAAGGAGCCUUCGUUGGAAUCUCUGAGUCUUUCUGAUGAGGAGACAGUCGAUCCACUUGAGAUCAAACCUCCGCAGGCGCACGCACAUAAAAGGCCGAGGAAGAGCAAACAUUCAUCGUCUACGAAACGACAUGUUUCAUCGGAGCACAGGAAAAAGCGUCAUCACACGCACUCGCACCGCGAGGACCGCCAUCAUCACCAUAGGGAGAGGAUGUCGAUCAAGGACGAGAUGAGGAGCAGGGAGGAGAUGAUGCGCAACUCGAGGCGGCGAGGCCAAGAGAUGGCCAGGCGCGAGGAAAGGGAGAGGACGAGGAUCGAAGAACUGCGUAUCGUCGAGGAGCAGAGGCUGCGAGAUGAGAAAGAGAGGCAGAAGCGUGAAGACACGGCACGCAAGAAUCGAGAGAUCGAGCGAGACCUGCGCGACAAACUUGAAAAACGCCGCCACCUAACUAAAGAGCGUGACAAGGAAAAUGAGGAGAUCAUAUUACGCCGUCAGCGCCUCAUGGAGGCCGAAAGGGUGAAGGAGUCUUUUAAAAAGGACAUAGAGGAGCGUCGGAUGCGCCGAGAAGCAAGGGAACGAAGUAGAAGCCGAGAAAGAAAACUCGAAGCGGAACAGGCUGAGGCGGCAGCGCAGGCAGCCGCUGCUCAGGCGGAGAUGGAAAGGGCUGGCCUAGUUGUUGUAUCCGAUGAGUCGAGGUCACCAAUCAUUAUGGACACCGGGCUCGAAGAGGAAGACGCUAACGUGCCAGCCCAGGUUCAGGAACCAGCCAAGGAUGUGCGUCAGCUCACCCCGCCCAAAUCAUACUCGGGCCAGCCACGCAAGAACGGCAAUCGUGACUCAUCUGACACUGACACGAGCUCGACCUCUUCGAUAACGGACGAAGACGAAGAGGAUGAGGGCACAGCCGAAGACACAGAGGAUGACACGAGCCCGGUCGUAAGUCCCAAGGACGACACGCCACCUCUACCUGAAGUGGCGCACGAUGGCGAAGAAGAAAUGGAACUUGAAAAAGACACCCUACCGCCAUACUUACCGGCGAUUCAAGGCUGUCGGAGUGUCGAGGAAUUUCAGUGUCUAAAUCGAAUAGAAGAAGGCACGUACGGCGUCGUGUACCGUGCCAUCGAUAAGCGUACGGAGCAGAUCGUCGCCCUGAAAAGGCUCAAAAUGGAAAAGGAAAAAGAAGGCUUUCCUAUAACUUCAUUACGUGAAAUCAACACUUUGCUUAAGGUGCAACAUCCGAAUAUAGUCACAGUACGGGAAAUAGUCGUAGGUAGUAAUAUGGAUAAAAUCUACAUCGUUAUGGACUACGUUGAACACGACCUUAAAUCGCUCAUGGAGACGAUGAAAUCGAAGAAGCAGGCGUUCGUCCCCGGCGAGGUGAAGUGCCUGAUGCAGCAGCUGCUCAAAGCGGUCGCCCACCUCCAUGACAAUUGGAUCCUCCACAGGGAUCUAAAAGCAUCCAACCUCCUCCUCUCGCACAAGGGCAUAUUGAAGGUUGGUGAUUUUGGCCUCGCCAGGGAGUACGGGUCACCUUUGAAACCGUACACCCCGAUUGUGGUGACGAGGUGGUACCGUGCACCUGAGCUUCUCCUAGGCGCCAAGGAAUAUUCGACGCCAAUUGACAUGUGGUCGGUCGGUUGUAUAUUCAGUGAGUUGAUGACCAUGGAGCCAUUGUUCCCGGGCAAAUCCGAGCAGGAUCAAUUGAACAAGAUCUUCAAAACACUCGGCACGCCAAAUGAACGCAUCUGGCCCGGUUACAAUAAGCUUCCCGCCGUGCAGAAAAUGAACUUCACAGAGUUCCCCGUAUCAACGCUCAGAAGCUGCUUCCGCAUCCUUCCUUCUGAGCACGGGUUUAACUUAUUAAACGGUUUUUUGACUUAUAACCCAGCGACGAGGUUUACAGCGGAGACAGGCCUCGCUCACGAGUAUUUCAGGGAGACGCCGCUCGCGAUCGACCCGGCCAUGUUCCCAACCUGGCCGGCCAAGUCCGAAGGGAGCAAAGUGAAAAAGGUGUGCAGCCCGAAACCACCGUCAGGCGGUAGGGAUUACAAACAGCUCGAAGACACGGACGAAGGAUUCAGGAUGGGAGGGAUCGACGAAAGGACCCAGCUGCAAGGCGGGCCAGGAUUCAGCCUCAAGUUCUAGCCGUAGGACGAUGCAUCGGUUUUGUAAAUAUUUGUUAAUAAAAAUAUAUAAUAGGCCUUUUUUAUUAGGUGGA